UCGUUUUUGCAUUUUUGCCUGAAGGAUAUAUUCGAGCUGAAAGUGUUGUUCAAUUCCGUGCAUUGAUUCUCUAUGGAGGCAGAUAGAUUAAAUUCUCCACACACUUCUGCAAUUUUCAUUGAUGUUCUGGGUCAUCAGCUUCAGUUUUGCCAGGAUCCUAAUUCGAAGCAUUUAGGCACUACUGUUUGGGAUGCAUCUAUGGUUUUAGUAAAAUUUCUGGAAAGAAAUUGUCGAAAGGGGAGGUUUUCUCCAUCUAAAUUGAAAGGAAAGCGUGUGAUUGAACUUGGGGCAGGUUGUGGCGUAGCAGGAUUUGGCAUGGCAUUGCUUGGAUGUGAUGUAGUUUCAACUGACCAAACUGAGGUUUUGCCAUUGCUAAUGAGAAAUGUUGAGCGUAACACUUCCAGGAUCAUGCAGACAAUCUCAGAUCCAGAUUCAUUUGGUUCCAUACAGGCUGCAGAGUUGGACUGGGGUAAUGAAACUCAUAUAAAGGCUGUUAGCCCUCCAUUCGACUAUAUCAUUGGGACUGACGUUGUUUAUGCAGAGCAUCUUUUGGAACCGCUUUUGCAGACAAUAAUUGCACUGUCUGGACCAAAGACAACAAUUCUGUUGGGUCAUGAAAUCCGAUCAACAAAUGUCCAUGAAAAGAUGCUUGAGACGUGGAAGAGACAUUUUGAGGUCAAAACCGUUCCAAAAGCAAAGAUGGAUAGUACAUACCAACAUCCAAGCAUCCAGUUAUACAUAAUGAGCUUCAAGUCACAAGGAAGUACCUCGGAAAUUGUUAGACAGAUGGCUCAGCAGCAGACAGAAGAGAUUGGGGAAACAGAAACUAAGAAUGGAUCAGACGAAGAUGAAAGUAAAUAUGGGCUUAAUCAAGGUGAUGUGAUUGACAAUGAGGGCAAGGUAGACAAUAACCUGGUUAUGGAUCUUGAGAACAGAAACCUUAGUGAUUGGGAAGCUAGAAGAUGUGGUGCCAUGGCUGCUAGACUUCUUCGCGAUGUCAAGAUAACAUAAAUUAAAGGUUAGCAGAUUUCCUUGUUUCAGUGCAAAUAUCUAUGAGUUUGCCAUACUUCUCUUACAUGCAUGCAUA